AUGUCUUACCUGCUAACAGCGUUAUCAAUACUGUGUGGUGCCAUCGUGCUGGGCAGUAUCAGCAUCCGACGUGCUGGCUGGCUGGACCGGGUGGUAUCGUACCACAAGAACAAGUUCUUCGAUGAGUUGAGGAGUUUGCCCCCUAUUCAGAUAAAAGCGACAAUAGAACCGGCCCCGCCCGGCUACCAGGACUCCCAAGACUGGAACUUCGAAUCAGUAGAACGUUUGCUAAUACUGAUCAGGGACAGCGAGGGCGCGAAGGACGUGAGAAAGGCACUGCGCCGCUCCUUGGGGUCAACCAGAAGAUUCAUGUCUAUGGCACAGAGCUUCAAAGCUUUUCCCAGUUUGAUGAAGGAUCAAAAUGACUUUUACGACACUGACUCGGGCGAGUAUUACGCAGACGUGAGCAACUCUACAGGCAUAUGCUCUGACAAAGAUAUCAUCGUAGUGAGCAACCCCGUUGAAGCUAGACUACCGAGCGCAAGCAUUAGUGUAGGACUUUUAAAAUCUAUUCUAGAGAACAGAGCUAAAGCCGCUAGGUACAUACCAACUACGAAAAAGAUAAUUCCAUGGUCAUCAGUAAGUAAACACACAGUUAAGACAACCAGGACCACGACAGCGAAUUCAUCAACUUCAGCGAAGUCAUCAACUUCAGCGAAGUCAUCAACUUCAGCGAAGUCAUCAACUUCAGCGGAUACAACUACAGCUUCAGCAAGCCCUGGACAUACGAUACCAUCAACUGGACCUCCUCCACAAAACAAUACAACUGCUAAUACUACACAAACUAACACCACAAUUGUUAAUUGUACGAAUCCUAAAAACAUUACUUGUAACUGUACGACUGAUAAAACCAACGUAACUAGUAAUUGUAACUGUACAAAACACAAUUGUACAAAGGUUAACUGUACAAAUACUAAGUGUACAAAUGCCAAUAAAACAAUCAGUGCAGGUUAACUGUGUACUCAUGAGUAAAAAUAAAUGUGCCUAAGUAAA